AUGGCCACGUUGAGGUACCUUUUCCUUUGGAAUGGUCUGUGGUGCAUUUUGCAGGUGCAAGCAGUGGCCAAGUUCACGAACAUUGAGUGCUUGAGCAUGGAUGAAAACUUUACCAGCGUCUCCCUGUGCCGAUUGUAUGCCAUCAAGAGGGAUGUAGUUGAACUAAGUCUGCGGGUCAACAUUUUGCAUUGGCCCAAAGGUCCCAUUUCGAUGCGCAUGCAGUUGUUGAAGAAGGCCAGUGGCUACAAGCCCUUUCUGUACAACAUUUGCCAGUCGGAUGUGUGUGAAUACCUGGAGAAACGGAAUCAUCCGUUUGUCAACAUUAUUAUCGACCAGUUCGGCAACAGAACUAAUGUGCACAAAUGUCCAGUACCACCCGAAAUUAUUCUGGAUCACUUUCGAUUUCCGGUGAAGGUGUUGGAGAUUAUGCCCCUUCCGUCCGGGGACUACGGCCUGUUCACCACCUUUAGCUUCGGUCGCAAGGAACGAGCUCAGGUUAAGGUGUAUUUUACACUUACAGAAUACCGCUAAUAAAGUGAUACACAAGAGUCGAACAUUUGUAAUAAACAUCAGUCGCGGUGCAAUAAACCAAUUAAUAAAUUUGCCAUAAA